AUGUCACCACCCUCUCCUGGCUUCUCCGAAAUCCAGAAGCCACUGCGCUUCCCGAGUAGAGACUCUCUCGAACUUGCCUCCCUGGCCGACUCGGAGCACGAUGAGCUACCCACGUCCGAAGAGUCCUCGCGCUCCGGCAUUUCCUCCUCCCGACGACUCUCCCUCGAGAAUGAGGAUCCUCUGGACAGUGCGAACCCAGCAUCCGCUCGUCCCAACGCUCAUGGACGUUCCUACUCCGUCUCAUCCGCCUUUGACUUUACACCUGCCCUGUUUCCACUUUCUUCGACUGCGGGAGGAGGAUACACCGCUCUAGGAAAUCCGUCAGCUGUGUCACUAUCUCUAGAAAGACGAGGGGCGUUACAAAAUCUAGAAAAAAACAAGACCUUGACAUACCUCAACGGGCUCUCGCUGGUGGUCGGAUUGAUCAUAGGUUCGGGAAUCUUUUCUUCGCCAGCACAGGUGAAUUCACACGUGGGGUCUCCGGGUGCAGCACUGCUGGUGUGGACAAUUUCUGGCCUGUUGGCGUGGACGGGCGCAGCCUCGUAUGCCGAGCUGGGAGGUGCGAUACCCCUCAAUGGAGGUGCGCAGGUCUAUCUAGCCAAGAUCUUUGGUGAGGUGGUGGGGUUCCUAUUCACUUGGUCGGCGAUUCUUGUGCUCAAACCCGGCAGUGCAGCCAUCAUCGCCAUCAUAUUCGGCGAGUACGUUGUACGUGCGGCCAUCGGCGCAGAGGUCGAGGACAUCAAUCCAUGGAUCAAUAAAAUCCCUGCCCUGGCCGCGCUGAUGCUUGUCACCCUCUUCAACUGCGUCUCGACACGCUUUGCUGCCCGGCUGGGUGAUUUGUUCAUGUUUUUCAAAUUCGUCGCACUCGUCGCGGUGACCAUAAUCGGCAUCAUCGUAGCGGCAACUGGCCUCUCCUUCAACGGGCCCGCCAACAAAGACUGGCGCGACCACAACUGGUUUGAAAACACGUCGACCGACAUUUCUAGUUGGGCCGUGGCACUCUACGCUGGGCUGUGGGCCUUCGACGGAUGGGACAACACGAACUACGUUACUGGCGAGUUUAAGAACCCGUCUCGCGAUCUACCGAGGGUUCUUCAUACGGCCAUGCCUUCUGUUAUUGUGUGUUAUCUUCUUGCCAACGUCGCAUACAUCUUUGUCCUGCCUUUGGAGACUAUCAACAAAUCCAACACUGUUGCCGUUCAAUUUGGAAGCAAAGUCUUUGGACCCAUUGGGGCACUCAUCCUGGCCUUGAUUGUGGGUGCGUCUUGCUUUGGGGCACUGAAUGCCACGACUUUCACCUCUGGACGCUUGGUCUACGUGGCUGGACGAGAGGGAUACCUCCCUUCCAUGUUUGGGAAGAUCGGGCUGGGGACCUCCUCUGGACCGGAGACGCCGGUAUCGUUGAUCAACACCCGCAACAGAUCAUGGUUCUCGAAGAGCCUCGCCCGCCUCUUUGGGGACGAGUCCAUCGGCUUGGGAUAUACGCCUGUCAACGCAAUGUUGCUGAAUAUGCUCCUCUGCAUGAUUUACAUCAUCCUGGGCGAGUUUGAAACACUACUUACAUUCUACGGCGUCGCCGGAUACACAUUCUACUUCUUGACAGUACUCGGGCUCAUUGUUCUACGAAUACGCGAGCCUAGACUGGAGCGACCCUAUCGUACCUUUAUUACCACGCCUAUCAUCUUCUGCUGCGUCUCUUUGUUCCUGGUCAGCCGGGCUGUGGUGGCGCAGCCUGUCCAGACGAUAAUUGUGAUUGUAUUUGUGGUCAGCGGGAUACCUGUGUACUAUUGGCGGGUUGCGAGGCGAGAGGAGUCAGGGAGGCCAGGUCGCCGGGGCAUGGGCAAAAGGGAAGGACGUUUCUGGCGGAGAUGGGGUCGGUCAUGA